AUGGCUUCAUCAAUGGCAUUAUCACAAAAGCACUACCUAUUUCAGGUCAAUCAACAUGUACAAGCGUCUGUAAUGUUCUUAUCAGUAAUGGAUGGUGCAGAACUUGAUUUUAACAAUACUCUUCCUUCUUCAUCUUCACUUACAACAUCAAAUCCUGGCGAUUAUGAUAAAGAUCUUCGAUUAGCUGCUGAACUUGGUCGAUAUCUACUUGAACGUAAUCAUGAUUUACAAAAUUAUAUUAAUGUUCUGCAAAAAGAACUUGACGAUAAACAAUGUGAAAUGAAAUUAUUACAUGCGAAAUUUCUCUCAACUCGAGAACAACUUGACACCAAAUGUAAACAAACAGAAAUCCUUGAUGCAGCUAAUUUUGAUCUUGAACAAGAGCUCACAUCGCAACGUCGAGAUAAUGAAAAGAAUCAACAACACAUCAAAGAAUUACUUGAUCUAUGCGAAAAAACACGCAAACAAUAUUCUGAUAUUGAACUUGAGUAUACGACAUUUCGAGCAAAACAAUUUUCGUCGUAUUUCAUUUCAAAACAAGCAAAAUCCUCUUAUCAAACACCAGCUUUCUCAACGAGCAUAUCAAAUAAACGACAACGUUCGAAUUCAAUUAGUUUAAUUUCAAUGCGUAAUUCAAAUCCAUUGUUAAAUUCUUCCGUAUCUUCGAAUCUCUUCGAUGGGUCAUCUGCGUCGCUUUUUCAAUCACAUCUAAGUAAACUUAAAUCACGCAUUAAAUCACUAACAACUGAAUGUGGUAAAUUAAAUGAUCAACUUCGUCAAUCGGAACAAGAUAAACGUUCUCUAUUAGAUCAUAUCACGUAUCUUGAACGGCAACAUCGCGAUGAUAAUGAUUCUCUACAAAAUGAAUUGAAUAAUUAUCGAAAAUUAUUGGAUAAGUAUUCUAAUGAAAAUGCUCAAUCAGUAUUAUUAAAUAUUUAUUCACCACCGGAACAUGAUCUAUCAUUAUACGAUGAAGUUCUACUAGAAAGCGAUCAUCAAUUAAAUACUUAUUAUGAACCAACUAAUUAUAAAGAACUAUUUGAACGUGUUUAUAAAACAUUAAAAACGAAUGUUAGAUGUAGUUAG